CGAUGAGAAUCAAGUCCUGCUUUUAUUCCGUGUAAAAGUUUCUCAUGGAGUUGCAAAAGCUGUGGACUUUGGCAGAACUCCCUGAGGUGCCAGUGCUCUCCCGCGGUCCCGAGUCCCCACUCCCGGGCGCCCUGUAUGAGUGACGCCUGGGCCUGCCAUGGAGCCUGGGCCUGCCCUGGCCUGGCUCCUGCUGCUGAGCCUGCUGGCUGAUUGUCUGAAAGCUGCACAGUCCCGAGACUUCACAGUGAAAGACAUUAUCUACCUCCACCCUUCAACCACACCAUAUCCUGGUGGAUUUAAGUGUUUCACCUGUGAAAAGGCAGCGGACAAUUAUGAGUGCAACCGGUGGGCUCCAGACAUCUACUGUCCUCGAGAGACCAGAUACUGCUACACUCAGCACACGAUGGAAGUCACGGGAAAUAGCAUCUCUGUCACCAAACGCUGCGUCCCGCUGGAAGAGUGCUUGUCCACUGGCUGCAGGGACUCCGAGCAUGAAGGCCACAAGGUCUGCACUUCCUGUUGUGAAGGAAAUAUCUGUAACUUGCCGCUCCCCCGAAAUGAAACUGAUGCCACAUUUGCCACAACGUCACCCAUAAACCAGACAAACGGGCAGCCACACUGUGUGUCAGUGAUAGUGUCCUGCUUGUGGGUGUGGCUGGGACUCACCUUAUAGCAGCUCAAAGGCGCGAUGUGUGGUGGCAAUCCGAGGGGAUCUCGACGGCCCGCAGUCAUGCAUGAGUCAUUGGCCUGGCAACAGUACACACGUGAAACCACAGCACUCAAGGAUGUCUUCCUAGUCAAGCAUCUCCACUUCCCGUGAGGAACAAGCAUUGCUUCAGUCCAAGACCUUAUCAAAGCCAGCCUGCCCCUAAAAUAGACCGAGUUCUAUACCACAGACCUUUGUUUUCACCCCAAGAAAUAGUUCUGCAUU